AACCUAUUUUAGUAUUGAUAUUCAUCGUCUUUUACUCGGAAGAAGGCAGCGAUGACCAAAGCUCGGUGACCGUACAUCGUCUUCCUCCGCUGCUAUUCGCUAAAAUGCGCUCUAAGGACAGGAUCUCCUACUUCUACGACGGUGAUGUGGGAAGUGUGUACUUUGGGCCCAACCAUCCGAUGAAGCCGCACCGGCUUUGUAUGACUCACCAUCUCGUACUCUCUUACGAACUUCACAAGAAGAUGGAAAUCUAUAGGCCUCACAAGGCAUAUCCAGUUGAGCUUGCGCAGUUUCAUUCUGCAGACUAUGUCGAAUUUCUGCAUCGGAUAACCCCUGACACACAACAUUUAUUCUCGAAUGAAUUGGCAAGAUAUAAUCUUGGAGAAGACUGCCCUGUCUUCGAAAAUUUAUUUGAGUUUUGUCAAAUUUAUGCUGGUGGAACAAUAGAUGCUGCACGCAGAUUAAACAAUCAGCUUUGUGACAUAGCUAUAAAUUGGGCUGGUGGAUUGCACCAUGCGAAGAAGUGCGAGGCAUCUGGAUUUUGUUACAUCAAUGACUUAGUUUUGGGGAUUUUGGAGCUUCUAAAACAUCAUGCCCGUGUUCUUUAUAUUGAUAUUGAUGUACAUCAUGGUGAUGGUGUAGAAGAAGCCUUUUAUUUCACAGACAGGGUGAUGACUGUUAGUUUUCACAAGUAUGGGGAUAAAUUCUUUCCUGGAACGGGUGAUGUUAAGGAAACAGGAGAAAGAGAAGGAAAAUUUUAUGCCAUAAAUGUCCCACUCAAGGAUGGAAUAGAUGACACUAGCUUUACUCGACUUUUCAAAACUAUUAUAGCCAAGGUUGUUGAAACUUAUCAACCAGGUGUGAUAGUUCUUCAAUGUGGAGCAGAUUCUCUGGCUGGGGACCGCUUGGGCUGCUUCAACCUCUCCAUUGAUGGGCAUGCUGAAUGUGUUAGGUUUGUGAAGAAAUUCAAUUUGCCCUUACUGGUUACCGGUGGUGGUGGAUACACAAAAGAGAAUGUUGCUCGAUGUUGGACUGUUGAAACAGGAGUUCUUUUAGAUACAGAACUUCCCAAUGAGAUCCCAGAAAAUGAAUAUAUCAAAUAUUUUGCACCAGAGUAUUCAUUGAAGAUUCCGAAUGGGCACAUAGAAAACUUAAAUAGCAAAUCGUAUAUUGGAACGAUUAAGAUGCAAGUCUUGGAAAAUCUCCGUUGCAUCCAACAUGCGCCGAGCGUACAGAUGCAAGAGGUUCCACCGGACUUCUAUAUUCCUGAUUUUGAUGAAGAUGAGCAGAAUCCUGAUGAACGUGUUGAUCAGCACACCCGGGACAGACAAAUCCAGAGAAAUGAUGAAUAUUAUGAAGGCGACAACGACAAUGAUCAGAAUAUGGAUGAUGUAUAAAGUAACCUAGACAGUGUUUAUUGUUUGAUAGUUUAAGCUUUAAUUUAAAGGGGAAAAUGUAAUUAGAUUCCAAAUUUGACUAACACAUCCGAUGAGAAGAGAAAAAAGAAAGGACUAGCACUUGUUUUCCUGCCUUCUGGUUUUAGUAUCAAUAUUCGUGGAUCGUUUCUCA